AUGAUUGUCACCAUUGUCUCUGCAAUGAUGAGAUACUGUGUCAUGGCCCAACUCCAUUUAGCUGAGAGCGAGCCGCAGGUGCCGAAUCCCGCGUUUUCCUUGGAGGUCCAAACCCGCCGUCGAGUGUUUUGGUCUGCUUAUGCGUUAGAUCGAUUUAUCAGUUGGAUUUACCACAUCCCCAACAAUAUCAUUGAUGAGCACAUUAGCGUGGAGCUUUUUUCAAACGUCGGAGAUGCAGAUCUUCACCACGAAGGAUCAGAGGAUAGCCGUAUUCAAAUAGAAACACCAUCUCAGAAAACACAUGUCUCACCAGCCCUUCACCUAUUCCGAUGCAGACGUAUACAAUCCCGGAUUAUCAGCACCAUGAUGCGGUCUGACUUCAGAGAAAUCGAUGCCUCAUCGACAUGGCGGGAACACAUGUUAGGCGAAUUAGACUCUUGGAGGUCUCAGUUACGGCUAUUGAGCGAUGUUGCCUCCAAAAGCUACACGAGCGAUCGGUGGGUUGGCAUGGCUUACAACUACACGAUCCUCCUAUUACACCAGCCAACCAAAGAAAACGUCUGUAAUGGCUUUGGGGACCGAUCAGUCCCAGCCUGUGUCCAGAUUGCGAUGACAUUUAGGACCUUCCAAAAGGACCGACAGACAGCACAACUAUGGCCUGGGCUCCUGAGCCAAGUCGCCGUAGGUAUCACCCUUCUGUACUGCUUCUGGGCAACUCCACCUCAACAUCAAACCAUCGCCUACCGAUCACGCGAAGUGCCAGACGCAUUGCGCGCCUGCUCAACUGCGCUGGCCAUCCUUGCCGAGCGAUGGGUUCAAGCCGAACCUUUGCGCGAUGUCUUCGAUGUUUUAGCUAAAGAAGUUCCGCUCCAUGGAACAGCAGAGGAAGACCCGCCACCGAGGCGCAUCUCGGCGGAGUCUAUUUCCUACAUCCAGUCCCAGAUGCCUUUGCUCACGUCGAUCAUCAUGCAUCGGGGUGUCUUGCGCAUGAUACGCGAGAUGAUCACGGAGGAUUUCCCCAGGAGUCUAGAUGAGGACUUCCAUCACCAACUGCCGGCAUCGCAAGACCAAACCAUGCUUAGAGGUCUGGGUGGUCACAUGUGCUCCGAAGAAUGUCCGUUUUUCCAUGAACCAACUCAUCCUGGAUUAAUGGCUGGUAUAGGUGCCCAGACUUUUUCUCCACUUGAGAACGGGAUUGGCAGUGCUUAUGGGGUUGACGACGAGACACUCAUGUAUCCACUCCUCUUUGGUUCGGCCGAAUUUUGA